UUUAAUAAUAAACUGAGGAUAGUCCCCGGGGCAGAUUUCGCCCAAACUCAAGCUUGAGAAUGGAUGCACCAAAGCGCGUUGUCUUAAGGCUCCGGUCAAACGAGUUUGACAACGGUUCUCCACAGGAAAUAGUCAAGAUUUCCCAAAAAUUCCUCGAGUCAUCUGGUUACAAUAAAACCGGUCGCGACAACCAUUUCGUUCACGCAGAGCCACCCCAGCCUGAACCUCGCCGGCACUUCCAUAUUACUCUUGAUAUUAACUAUCGGAACAAUACACCUGAUAUGCAGACAUUGCCUUUUGAAUUCUUCAGAGUUAAUAAAAACCUUGAAUUCAAACCUCUAGAGCUGGGACCUCUAGAGACACAAUAUCGCCAGCUCCUAAACGGGUUCUACCCAUGGGGCAGAGAUGGACAUUGAGAUUAGGCUGAGGUUAAUGGGUUAAUAUUGUCAUAUUGGUAUUGAUAAAACUGUUGCGGAGAUAAAAAUCGAGAGCCCUUAGCUUCUCUAUUUCGAGAAUAAGAGUACUACUUACUUAAUCCCGAUACGAUCCCUAUGGAAGAUCCGCCCGAGUCCUACAUCUUUAUUAGUCCGCAGGACUUUAAGGGCCCCAGUGGUGAUAUUAUUAUGAGUGUGAAAAACAAUGAUCUUCCUCGGAAUAGUUAGAAAUAUAUAUGUAUAUACAUUCGAUACAGAUAAGCCUUUACCGUGGUGAGAUCUAGAGGAGAGAGAACCCGGAUACCCUAAAUAGGAC